AUGCAGAAUCCGAAGCUAAGAGGUCUCCUUUUGGGAUUCAAUUUCACUCACGCCAGAGCGAACACCUUGUUUGAUUCACUGCUUUUUCUACUCCCGAAUUCUUCUUCUUCUAAUGCUAGGUUUUGUCUCCCAAAACGACGGCGUUUCUGCGGGUAUGCGGCAGAGCAAUUCUCAGAUGAUGAAUACGAGUGCGAUUUUGAGAGCCAUAAGGCGUCUUCUUCUGUUGCCAACAUUGAUGAAUGGAAAUGGAAACUCAGCAUGCUCUUACGCAGUGAAAAUGACCACGAAAUUGUAUCUAGAGAUAAAAGAGAUAGGAGAGACUAUGAACAGAUAUCAAACCUUGCCAACAGGAUGGGACUUUACAGUGAAAUGUAUGGAAAAGUGGUUGUUGCAAGCAAGGUUCCUCUUCCUAACUAUAGGCCAGAUUUGGAUGAUAAACGGCCACAACGGGAGGUUGUUGUACCAUUAGGCUUGCAAAGGAGGGUUGAGGGUUUACUGCAAGAAUACCUUGAUCGACUGCAGUUAAAUUCUGGGAACGUCAGAGAUAAUUCAGACAAUGCUAAUUCCAUUGAUCAGGCUGAAUGUGUGAACCCAGAUGAGAAUCCAGAUUAUUUCCUGGAUAAUUCUGUUAUGGAAAAGGUUCUUCAGAGGAGGAGUUUGCGAUUGCGUAAUAUGCAAAGAGCUUGGCAGGAAUCACCAGAAGGCAAGAAGAUGAUGGAAUUUCGAAAAUCUCUGCCUGCAUUCAAGGAAAAGGAAAGGCUGCUUCAGGCAAUAGCACGCAAUCAGGUCAUAGUGAUAUCAGGGGAGACUGGGUGUGGGAAGACCACUCAACUUCCACAAUACAUAUUGGAGUCAGAAAUAGAAACUGGUCGUGGAGCAUUCUGUAGCAUAAUUUGCACACAGCCUCGAAGAAUAUCUGCAAUGGCAGUUGCAGAAAGAGUGUCUGCAGAAAGAGGAGAGCCUCUCGGGGAAACAGUUGGUUAUAAAGUUCGAUUAGAAGGAAUGAAAGGGAAAAAUACCCAUCUGCUUUUUUGUACCAGUGGUAUUUUACUCCGACGGCUGCUAAGUGACCGGAACUUGAAUGGUAUAACUCAUGUUUUUGUUGAUGAAAUUCAUGAACGAGGAAUGAAUGAAGAUUUCCUACUGAUUGUGUUGAAGGAUCUUCUUCCACGUCGUCGAGAUUUGAGGUUAAUUUUAAUGAGUGCCACUUUGAAUGCUGAGCUCUUCUCCAAUUAUUUUGGUGGGGCACCAAAAAUUCACAUUCCGGGCUUCACAUAUCCAGUCAGGGCACACUUUCUGGAAGAUGUGUUGGAAUUCACUGGAUAUAAGUUGACUUCUUUCAACCAAAUUGAUGAUUAUGGCCAAGACAAAAUGUGGAAAAUGCAGAGACAGCUUGCCCCACGGAAAAGGAAAAACCAGAUAACUGCCCUUGUAGAGGAUGCUCUGAACAAAUCAAGCUUUGAGAAUUAUAGUUCUAGGGCACGUGAUUCUCUGGCAUGUUGGAUGCCUGAUUGCAUAGGAUUCAAUCUUAUUGAGGCAGUUCUAUGUCAUAUAUGCCGAAAGGAAAGACCAGGUGCUGUGCUAGUAUUUAUGACUGGUUGGGAAGAUAUCAGUUGUCUGAGAGAUCAGCUUAAAGCUCAUCCCCUUUUAGGAGAUCCUAACAGGGUUCUGCUUUUAACAUGCCAUGGUUCCAUGGCAACAUCUGAACAGAAACUAAUAUUUGAGAAAUCUCCUCCAAAUAUACGUAAAAUUGUUCUUGCUACAAAUAUGGCAGAGGCAAGCAUCACAAUCAAUGAUAUAGUUUUUGUGGUAGAUUGUGGAAAAGCAAAAGAGACCACUUAUGAUGCUUUGAAUAAUACGCCAUGCCUGCUACCUUCCUGGAUAUCUCAGGCAUCAGCCCGGCAAAGGAGGGGUAGGGCUGGUCGGGUGCAGCCAGGCGAAUGCUACCACCUAUACCCCAGAUGCGUUUAUGAAGCUUUUUCUGAGUAUCAACUUCCUGAACUUUUAAGAACUCCUUUGAAUUCUCUCUGCUUGCAAAUAAAAAGUUUGCAGGUUGAAAGCAUUGGAGAAUUCUUGUCAGCAGCUUUGCAAGCACCGGAGCCUUUGGCUGUCCAAAAUGCUGUUGAUUUUUUGAAAAUGAUUGGGGCAUUAGAUGAGGAGGAAAAUCUGACAAAUCUCGGAAAGUUCUUAUCAAUGCUUCCUGUAGAUCCCAAGCUAGGGAAAAUGCUAAUUAUGGGCGCCAUCUUCCGUUGCUUUGAUCCUGUUUUAACAAUAGUGUCUGGACUUAGUGUCAAGGAUCCUUUCCUUUUGCCUCAAGACAAGAAGGAUUUAGCUGGGACAGCAAAGUCAAGAUUUUCGGCAAAAGACUACAGUGAUCACAUGGCUCUUGUCCGUGCUUAUGAAGGUUGGAAAGAUGCAGAAAGAGAAGGAUCAGCAUACGAGUAUUGUUGGAGGAACUUCCUGUCUGCACAAACUCUUCAGGCUAUUCAUUCUCUUCGGAAACAAUUUAGUUUCAUUCUAAGAGAAGCUGGCUUGGUAGAUGCAGAUGCAGGCUCAAACAAUAAAUUAAGUAACAACCAGUCUCUGGUUCGUGCUGUCAUAUGCUCUGGACUCUUUCCUGGAAUAACAUCUGUAGUGCACAGAGAGACAUCAAUGUCUUUUAAGACCAUGGAUGAUGGCCAGGUUUUAUUGUACGCUAAUUCUGUGAAUGCACGUUACCAGACUAUUCCUUACCCAUGGUUAGUCUUUGGUGAAAAAGUAAAGGUCAACACAGUUUUCAUACGUGAUUCCACUGGUGUAUCUGAUUCUAUAUUGAUGCUCUUUGGUGGUGCUCUAAGCUGUGGGGUACAGGCUGGGCAUUUGAAAAUGAUGCAAGGGUAUAUCGAUUUCUUCAUGGAUUCUAGCUUGGCAGAGUGCUAUUUGAAGCUCAAAGGAGAACUUGAUAGACUUAUUCAGAAGAAGCUUCAAGAUCCUAGAAUUGAUAUUCACAAGGAAGGAAAGUACCUUAUGCUUGCUGUUCAAGAGCUAGUGUCUGGAGAUCUAUGUGAAGGGAGAUUUGUUUUUGGCCGUGAAUCCAAGAAGCCUAAGGAUUCCACUGACAAGAGUAGAUUCACAAAGGAUGGAACAAAUCCAAAGAGCUUGCUGCAAACUUUGUUGAUGAGGGCAGGUCACUCACCUCCAAAAUACAAGACGAAGCAUCUAAAGACAAAUGAGUUUAGGGCACUAGUGGAAUUCAAAGGAAUGCAGUUUGUGGGAAAACCUAAGAAAAACAAGCAGCUUGCAGAGAGGGACGCUGCUAUAGAGGCAUUGGCAUGGUUGACUCAUACCUCUGACAACAAUCAAGAUGAAGAUGACUCCCCACUUGAUGUCACCGACAAUAUGCUAAAACUUCUUGGGAAGCGUCGAAGAUCAAAACACCGAUAGGUUCUGUUUGUUGUUUGUGUACUUUUCAUGGCAGCUGAGGUUUAAACAAAGAGAACUUUGGAUAUCCAGUGUUGAUCGUAGUUCAAGUCGUUCUCAUCAAUUCAUUACCUGAAGCCUGUAACAUAGGAUGUCCAAUGAUAGGGGGCUUGAAAGAGGAAGGGGUGAGGUCCACAUCAGUUGUACGAACUUAUUGGUGAAAGAAAAAAUCAAGAUCUCUAAGCAAUACAUGGUGUAAAUUUCAGCAUAAACAAGGGUUCAAAAUAUUGGGAAGCACAUAAACAUACAAGGUUGAAGCGGUUUCAGUUCAAUUUUGUCACCUUAUAGAACCAGUAGUACCUCUGUUGCAAGUGUGGACCGUCAAAGAAGGUGCUGGUGGCAUGUAUAUGCAUAUAAGCUGCAUAUAGGUAUGUAAAGAAUUUAAUAAAACAUAGCUGUGCAAUGACAUUUUUUGCAUGCCAAGAUGUAUGAUUCAUUCUUACUGGUAAUUUAUAUUUAUUUAAAUGGGAUCAUCA